CGUCUUAUUUCCGUCCUAGACUCUCUGAUACACCGUCGUUUCUUGCCCGCAAAGAUUAUCGUGAAAGGGUGAAUCGUUUCCUCCAUCGCCCUCUUUUUUUCGCCAUGUCAAGCCCCAUAGACGAGACCUUCGGUGCUGCAUACAUUGGAAUAGUAGUUGCAGCUCUGCUGCUGGGAAUAUCAGUCAUUCAAGGCUUUUACUACUUCACUCACCAAAAGGAUGGCUGGAUCCUGCGAGGUCUAGUAGCAGGGGUUCUCGUUUUUGACUUCGUGCAUCAAGUGCUUAUCACUCAUACUGGCUACACAUAUCUAAUUACAUUUUGGCAACAACCAGCAAAACUCAGAAUCGUGAUCUGGAGUCUCCUGGCCGAAGUGCUCUUCAACGGUUUAACCGGAUUUUGUGUUCAGUGUUUCUUGACGUACAGGAUCUGGAAGUUGAGUGGCACCAAGGUGUGGCUCACAGUCGUUGUUAUUUCGCUUGUGUUCGCAGAAUUCGCUUGUGUCAUCGCCUUUGCCGUUAUUGCUUUCCUCCGCGUGAAAACAUUCGAACAGCUUUCUGCUGAGCUCAAGGGACUUUCUGUUACUGUCAAUGCUCUCGCUGUUGUCGGCGACCUUUUCAUUGCCGGCAUAUUGACACUACUUCUACAACGAUCUAAAACUGGGUUCCGAAAAUCCGAUACGAUGAUCAACAAGUUGACUAUCUUCGCUGUCAAUACCGGUGCUUUGACAAGUCUUUGCGCCGUCGCAUCGCUCAUCUCAAUUAUCGCCGCCCCUAAUACGUUCAUCUACAUUUCUUUUUUCUUUUCCAUGGGACGACUCUACACCAACUCUCUUCUCGCGACUCUGAAUGCCCGCAAAAUGAUCAGGGAUGCUGCAGAGGGUAUCAAUACCACUACUGGUGACAACAUAUCUCUUCCAUGCAAAGGACGUGCUUCCUCCUCCAAGUUAGUAUUCCAACGAUCGAGGAACCUCAACACCAAUAUUUCCAUUCAAGUAGACACCACGCGGGAGUUCCUCUCUGACCUCGAGCACGGUGUCGUCCGAGAUAGACACCUGUCCGACUUCAAACAUGAUGAGGUGGAGAUCGAGGAAGAUCUGUCGGAAGUCAAUUUGUCGAAUGGAGACAUCGAGUCGAAUAUUUCCAGCGGGAUCGAAUGCACUGCUGUCUAAAUUCAAAGUCCUAUGCCAUUACAAAAAUUCACACAGAAAUUUAGUAGCUUCCAGCAUUCACUCCCUUUCUUUUUUCCGAUAUAUGCUUG